CAAUGCAGACCCAUUUUUUCGCUGCUCCCUUUAAAUUAAACAAAUCCUACAUCGGAAUCCUCAAAGUAGGAUCCAUUGCUUUGGCCUAUGGAUGGACGAACUCGAUCAUACGUGGAAUUAUGGGUCGGUACCAGCGAAAUCAUUUGGAAAAUAAUGCUACCAGAACGAAAAUGCAACCCACCUUCGAUGUCAAAAAACUGGUUUACUGUGUGGCAAUUACAUUCUUGGUUUGCUCAAAUUCAUCGGACAUAUUGUAAAUUUGACACGGUGUCUGGUUGAUAUAUUCUGAAAUUGACGUGAAAUCGGCAUACUAUGAGUAAGAUACGACCAAUAUUUCCUGGUGAACUUGAAAGCAUGGAUGGGGACGACGAGCGCUCAGAUCGAAGCGCAAGCCCGCGAACUAUUGGACAGGAAACCGUUCUCCCACCGCAUUCCGAAAGGAGGACUCGAGCGAGCGUGAACCUCGCUCAACGAACUAGGCGGAGGGUGACAAUGGCAGUCGAAAGUGUCCAACGUAUCACACAUUCAGGGAGACAACAUGGUCAGCAAGUGCUUAGAAAUAUGCAAGAUGCAAAUGAUCAGGAUAGAAAUGUGAAUGAUAAAUCAAGGAAACGAAGACGUCCGCGAAGGAAAAAUCGUAAGUGGAAGCCAUACACUCAACUGAGUUGGGAAGAACGCCAGCAACGCGACGAAGAGGAAUCCCGACGUGCAUCUCUGAAGCGAGCCAACCGUCCGACCCCGUACAAUACCACUCAGUUUCUAAUGGAAGAUCAUAAGGUUGAUACUCCAGACCUUAGUAAUAUGGGAACAUUUGAUGAGAACCAUGAUGUGAAUCUUUCGUCUUCAGAUGAGGUGCUGGAAAAUGAAAAUGAACAAUAUCUUGUUCGGAACUUCACAGCUGUUUAUGAUGAAGUCCAAUCAGAAAGGCUACAGCAGAUGUCAAAGGAACAGUUAGUGAAUGAAGUUCUGGAACUCUCAAAGAAAGUGUCAGAGUUGGAGCAAAUUUUACGUCCGAGCAGUGGAGGUGGGGGAGAAGGGAAGCUGUCGAGUGGGGAGAGUGAAGAACAAUUGAAUGAAGCCACACGUUCCAGACUUCAAAGUGUUAAUGAACUAGAGCAGAAAGUGAAAAAACUGAAGGAAGAAAACCAGCGACUAAGAACAGCAAGCGGUACUGAUAAGGAAUGAUACCUCUUUUACAUGUAUGUGUUUUUAUUCUGUCAUCUCAAGUGAAAAAAAUAAGUGAUCUCUUUUAGUAAUAUUGCUGAAGACUUCAGUGAUGUUUUAUUAAAUUUAAACAAAUUUUUUCUUAUUGUCAAUUUUGUCCUGAUGCCUUAAUUAUUCAACCAGGUUUUUUUCUCUUGUAAUAGUUCUUAAAAGUUAAACAUGUACCUAACAUUGAUAGAAAAUGAUAAUUAUUUGGUAAAUCUGCAGUAUCAGUAUACGUCAUGCAAUCCGGCAUUCUGGCAAAUCAAAUGCUCCUGAAAACUGAAGUCCAAGGUAUGGCAUGAGAGUUGUUAUGGAAUACAAACAAUCGACCAUGUAAAGGUAGAACCAUACACAAAUGCUGUCACAAGGUGUCUGGUCCUGCUAAUGUUCACAUACAUUUUAAAUGUAUGCAAGAAGGGCAUUAUUUCAGUCUCUCCUAAAGUUAUUGAUAACUGUGUCCAUGUGUGCUUAUCUGUAUCAUUUUACACCGUUUUUCUCCAUUUUUGAAUAUCGUUUUACAGGGAUGCCACAGAAGAUUAAGAAAACAGUUUUUUUUUCCGAACAGAUAUUUAUCUUAUUAAUGCACAACAAUUCAUUAGCUCAAACCUCAUGUACAGCAGUUAAUAGAUCUUUGUUUGCUCUUUGACAGGAGCAUGUCCCAAAAUGAUCUUCAUGUAUUUUCUAAUCAAGAUUGGUUGUAAAAAGCAGACCAUGAUGUUGAAUCAGUAGGACAGCAUAAAAGUGUAAUAAGACAUACCAAGUCCAUAAUAUGAUGUAAAUGAAAAUAUGAAGUGGUCUUUCAUUAUAUUGUUUACAAUUUUUUAGGUUUUGAUUGUUUCAGUCAGAUAUUGUGCAAGGACUACUACCCCUUUUUACAAUUCACUGGGUCCAAGGGAAAGCAUGCAUGUUUUAUCUUUAACUGACAUAAUUGUAUUAGUUUCUAUCCCAAUAAUUGAAUUAGAAAGGAUUACUGAACGCUCAUUUCCAAAGCUUAUCGAUGUAUACCGGUACAUGUAUAGAUCCACAAUAAUGUUUUAUAAAUGUAGUACAUCAUACAAUUUUUAUAAACAUCAAUACUCCACAGAUUUCUGCUAAAAGUAUGUGUUAAAUUUGAGAUUUGAUAUUAAAAUCAAUUUUUGUGACAGUA